UUUUGUUGUUGCUUGUUAGCUUAAUCGCUACAUGAGAAGCCUAUUUGCUUUCAGAAAUGGACAUGUUGUCACCAGGUUAAUGGGGAUUAUAUGGUAAUUGUGAACUCACCGAGUUACUUUUUGUGGCACUUCACAGAAUGUUAUUGACCAACGAAAGACCAAAACACCGAUGCGUGGACAAACUCAACGGGGAGGACAUACAAGGAACGUUGAACGCAAUCUUCUUCUAUAUUAUACGGCAAAUCACAACCAACGUCAUUAGGUGUUUAGCGUCACCUACUGUAUUGGAAUGUAUACCAUUAGAGUCAGUCCUUUGGGCACCGUACUGUAUUAGUACAAGCAUAUCAAGUGAUUUUUAUUAAAACAUAUGGUCUUAAUAUAUCUCAUUAGAGUCUGGAUACAUUCAUUGACCGAAACAUUUUUUUAAUGACCGCCAUGAUGCAGUGGUUUAUUCUCUGCUUGGGCUAACUGCAAUACGUCAAUGUCGCCGUCUGCUGGAGAGAAGCAUACAGUGCUUCGAAAAGUCUUCUAAAGCUAAGCAAUGCAUGUUUUUCUACUCUAUGACACAUAUUCUACCAACGUGUGUAAGGAAAUCCAAUUUUAGCGUUGACCUGCUGUGUAUCUGGUUUCGCGAAAAUAGUUACGCAGUUUUAUUUUUUUAAUUUGAAAGCUACGUACAAGACUACACCGGAAGUACAAAUAAUUGCGGAAGUGCCGUAAACAGCGGCCUUUCGAAAUGGAAAAGUUGUAAACAUUGCAAGUUGGAGUUCCUGAAUGUUAUUGAAUAUUUUGUAAUUGAGUCGGCGUUUACAGAAUACUAAACCGUUUUUUUUUAUAUCGUGUCCGUUUUGUGUCGUGACAAUACUAGUUCAUCUUUGCUGCGAGAGUUUUUUUGUUUUGGAAUAAUGUUGAAAUAACGACUGUCGUGAUUGUAGUCCGGUCAGAUAGUUAUACGUCUAAAGAAACAAUGCCCAUAUGGACACUUUUAGACGACGUUUGAGGUUCGAAAAGAACGAUGUGGACGUGAAACUAAGGAAAAGAAAGUCACUGCUUUAUUUAAAAGAAGAUCAUGCUCCUCUUAGAAAUGAUGUGCUGAGAGUGGCAGCAUUUUCUGUGACAUUCCGGAUCAUUAACUGCUUCCUAGUACAGAGCAGCUUUGUUCCAGAUGAGUACUGGCAGUCUCUGGAGGUCGCCCAUCACAUGGUCUUCGAUUAUGGCCAUCUAACCUGGGAAUGGAAAGCAGGCCUUAGAGGCUUCACCUAUCCUUUCAUCUUUGCCUUCAUCUACAAACUACUAUACUUCAUAAACUGUGACUCUGUUUAUCUCUUGAUAUGGCUGCCUCGAGUCUUUCAAGCGCUCCUCGCUGCAUUUGCAGACUUCAAGUUCUUCUUCCUCAUGAGAACACUGGAGGGUGGACAAGUUGCAAAGUGGAUGGCCUUCUGCCAGCUGUGCUCGUGGUUUACAUGGUUCUGCUGCACCAGGACGCUGAGCAACAGCAUGGAGACCAGCAUCACUUGCAUGGCGCUGUCUUACUUCCCUCUGUCUGCAUCCCAAAAACACAGCAGCAAAACCUAUUUGACCCUCGUUGCCCUGGCGAUCAUUGUUCGCCCUACAGCCCUGAUUGUCUGGGUUCCGCUGUUGAUUUACCAUUUCUGGCAGGAGGAAAACAAACUGAGACUAAUUGCUCAUGACUACAUCCCUAUUGGGGCCUCAACUGUUGUGAUUUCAAUCGUAAUCGACUGCAUCUUCUAUGGAAAGUGGACCUUUGUGCAGUUCAACUUCCUGAAAUUUAACGUCUUCCACGGCGUGGCAGACUUCUAUGGCUCCCACCCCUGGCACUGGUACUUCACGCAGGGCUUCGUGGUCGUCAUGGGCCCACAUCUCCCGUUCUUUCUUCACGGAUGCUGCCUGGCUUUCAGAAGAUACAAAAUCUUGCUGGUGACAAUUUCCUGGACUAUUGGCGUGUACAGUGUGCUCCCUCACAAGGAGUUUAGAUUCAUCUACCCUGUGCUUCCCUUCUGUAUGAUAUUUUGCGGAUUAUCGAUGGCUCAUUUAAAAGUGUGGCGACGAACAGCUGCGUGUGUUUUGGUAGUGACCAACCUGCUCGCUGCUCUCUACACGGGGCUCAUCCACCAGCGCGGCGCUCUGGACGUGAUGAGCCACCUACGGACACUUUGCCACAUCUCCGAGCAGCCACAGCCGUACAUUCUCUUUCUUAUGCCCUGCCACUCCACGCCUUUCCACAGUCAUAUCCAUUGUCCACUAAGGAUGAGGUUCCUGGAGUGUCCACCUGAUCUUGGUGAAGGGGCUUAUAUGGAUGAAGCAGAUGGAUUCUAUAGUGACCCUCUUCACUGGCUCACAACGUCAUUUCCACAGAUGUCCUCAGGCCCUACUCACUUGGUUAUGUUUGAUGUUUUAGAAAAGGAAAUCUCCAAAUUUUUACUCAAGAAUAACUUCACAAAGACCACAGAGAUUUUUCACACUCAUUUUCCCUCGGGAAGAGUUGGAGGAAGUAUUUUUAUUUAUGAAAGGCACUGACAACCACUGGAACACAUCUUUUAGCCAAUAUGUCUGAUAUUGUGCAUUAGCUGCUGAAAAUACACUUUAAAACGCCAUGCUUGUGAUACAGCUUCACUUCUUUCCUAUGAAAUAAACCCACCCAAAAAUUAA